ACCCGUUAACCACGUGUCUGUGACAAGUGUGGCAAUCAAAGCGGGUAACCCGGUGCGAUUAUGUCGCAGGUUACAGUGUCUGACCAGAUUGAAAAGGAGCUGCCUGAGUUCCUUGCGUACCUCAAGGAUGUCAAAGACAAGGCGUCUGGUGUUUCUGCCGCAGUGGAAAGCCUUCUAUCUCGUGUGAACAAAAAGGAGUUGAAUACUGCUGCGGGCUUGAGCUUCCUUGAGAUGAAGAACCAUGUCAUGCUCAGCUACCUGCUCGACCUGACACAUAUCGUUUGGUGCAAGGUGUCUGGCAAGAACAUCAGUGGUGACCCUUCAAUUCGUCGGAUCGUGCAAGCUCGAACUGUCCUGGAGAGAAUUCGUCCUAUCGACCAGAAACUGAAGUACCAGGUUGACAAAGUUGUCAGAACAGCGACUCUUGGGACUCUUAACGCCGAUGACCCUUUAAGGUUUAGGGCAAAUCCUACAGCCCUUGAAGAUGAAAGUGGUGAUGAAUCAGCAGAUAGUGUUGAAAAGGGAUCUGAAGGUAAAGCAACCAAAGUGUACAGACCCCCGAAGUUGGCUCCUGUUCACUAUGAUGGGGAUGAGACAGAAAAGGAACGUAGGGAGCGACUAUUGGAACGAGCAAAGAAAAAAGCUUUGUGCACUAGUGUUAUGGAAGAACUGCGAAGCGAGUUCUACGAUGGUCCUGUAGAAAUCAAGGAUGCUUAUGACAGCCACAAGGCUAAGCAGAACAAGGCCAUGCAGGAGCGAGUGCAGUAUGAAGAAGACAACAUGCUAAGGCUUACAUUGACCAAGAAGGAAAGGAACCUGGAAAAGCAGUUGGGAACCAUGUCAAGCCUGAGAGACGUAACCCGUUUUGGUGAUUUCUCGGCAUUGGACGCCAACGAUGCAGAUGACCUGCAGCCACCAAAGAAAAAGGCCAAGAAGGUGUACAAGAAAAAAUGGGGCAAGAAAGGUUUUCGGAAAGGAAGACGCUGAGUCCAUGAACAUGUACAGCACACUAAAUCAUCCUUUUGUGCUUGGUGGCGUCGUUACAUCUUUACAUUUUUACAUUUACAAAUAAAUGUAUAAAAUUCUGAUAAUGCAAA